AUAUAUUCUUUUCUACUUUCUUUCUUUUCUCUCUCUUGUCAUAUCGUUCCACAUUUCCUUUUACUUUACAUAAAUGGCCUCUGCAGUAUUUAUUUUGGAUUUAAAGGGAAAAGUUCUUAUAUCUCGGAAUUAUCGUGGUGAUAUUCCCAUGAGUGCUGUGGAAAAGUUCAUGCCUUUGAUAUCUGAAGCUGAAGAUGAACAAGUACCACUUCCAUGUUUUACCCAUGAUGGUAUCAACUAUUUGUAUUUGAAGCAUAGCAAUCUUUAUUUACUGGCAUUGACAAGAAAGAACACGAAUGCGGCUUCUAUCAUGUUAUAUUUACACAAGCUGACUCAGGUGUUUGCAGAAUAUUUCAAGGAACUAGAGGAAGAAUCUAUUAGGGAUAACUUUGUGAUUGUAUAUGAAUUAUUGGACGAAAUGAUGGAUUUCGGUUAUCCUCAAACCACGGAAACGAAGAUUUUACAAGAAUAUAUUACUCAAGAUGCCUACAAACUAGAAGUUCAAGUUCGUCCUCCUAUGGCUGUCACCAAUGCUGUCUCUUGGCGUUCUGAAGGUGUCAAGUACAAGAAGAACGAAGUAUUUUUAGAUGUUAUUGAAAGUGUCAACUUAUUGGUUAAUGCUAACGGAAAUGUAUUAAGAAGUGAAGUAUUGGGUGCUGUCAAAAUGCGAUGUUAUCUUUCUGGAAUGCCAGAGUUACGAUUGGGUCUGAAUGAUAAAGUGAUGUUUGAAGCAACAGGUCGUGCCAACUCUGCAAAAGCAAUUGAAAUGGAAGAUGUCAAGUUCCAUCAAUGUGUCCGAUUAUCAAGAUUUGAAAAUGAUCGUACCAUUAGUUUUAUCCCUCCUGACGGUGAUUUUGAAUUGAUGAGUUAUCGAUUACAAACAAGUGUCAAGCCUUUGAUCUGGGUAGAAGCCGUUGUGGAAACUUACUCUGGUUCACGUGUGGAAUAUUUGGUCAAGGCUAAGGCUCAAUUCAAGCGCAAAAGUACGGCAAAUAAUGUGGAAAUUGAAGUACCUGUACCUGAUGAUGCUGAUACACCAAAGUUUAAGUGUAGUAGCGGAAAUGUAUCUUAUAAACCUGAACGAUCCUGUUUGGUAUGGAAAAUGAAACAAUUUCAAGGUGGCAAAGAAUUCAUCAUGCGUGCUCAUUUUGGUUUACCGUCUGUUCAAGCUGCAGAAGAAACCGAAAAGAAACCGCCUAUCAAUAUCAAGUUCGAAAUUCCUUAUUUUACUGUCUCUGGUAUCCAAGUACGAUAUUUGAAAAUUGUAGAAAAGAGUGGUUAUCAAGCUCUUCCUUGGGUUAGAUAUAUUACUCAAAAUGGAGAUUAUCAAAUGCGAAUGCCAGAAAGUAUCAAGGCGAACAAGCAAAACACGGGCGGUUAUUGAUUGAUUUUUUUUAUUACUAUUAUUACUAUUAUUAUUAUUAUUAUACAUGUUUGUCUUUUGUUUCUCUUUUCUUCUUUCUCAUACUUCCUUUUUUUUUUUUUGUUUAUACCUUGAUUAUUUAUUAUUAUCUUCGACCCUUCCUC